AUGGCUCCCAACUUCCUUGCCCUAACCACCUUACUGGCACUCCUGCUCACUGCCGCUGCGCAGAUAGCAUAUGACCCUGAGACUAACUCGCUCGUCUGCUCCAAGCCUGGCGGCAGCUACUGCGCCUCCGGCUCCCUUGAGGGCCCGACUAUCAUCACUUGUGCAUCUCAGCACACUGUGGAGAUCAGUUUAUGCAACCUCUUUCUGAAGGACCUGCUCCCAGAGGGCUAUGAGGAGAAAGCUACCUGCUAUGAGACCACCUCAUCGGCUGGUGACGCUCUCUGCGCCUUCAAUGGAACAGGCUAUGCCAUCAUUAAGAAGUCCAGAGAUGUUGUUCCUGUCUCUGUGCCGGAGACUAUUCUCUGCGAUGACGAGAAUGAGGUUGACGACCAGACUUGGGACGAUUCCAGUGAUGCAGAGGAUGCUUUCGACCUGGAUGUCGAGGAUGAAAACUUUGAUGAAGACUUGGACGAAUACUCUGACGCAUAUUCUGACGAAGAAUUCGACGAAGACUUUGAUGACGACUCUGACGAAGACUAUCCUGACAGCAAUGAGCAAGAAGAAUACGGCUAUCCUCUCUUCACUCCGACGGAAGAUCCAUCCGCUGGCCCUACGCUCCCCAUUGUUCCUCCUCUUCUGCCGGCUACUCAUCUGCGAAAGGCUUCAUCUACAUCUAAACCAUCAUUCACCCUGAUCAAGCUGCCGAGCAUGACCUCUGCUCCUCCGUCUGCAACCGCAACUGCAGCCACGCAGGAAGAGAAAACCGCUCUACGUAAACGCGCAUGCUCUGAUCCGGGAAGAAUACCCCCAUCCUCCUUCUCCAUCCAGGAUAUGGGGUUCUCUACUUUGUCCUCUGAUCCUACUUCCACUAUGGAUAGCCCUACCGCUGCUGCUUCUGCUGGUGGUCAUGACGGGCCUUUGUCAACUUCCACCUCGACUAUCUAUGCCAGUAGAUUUACAGAAGCCGCAGCGCCGGAGACCGUCACAAUCAUUGCUACUGAAACGGGCACUCCAACAUCAUCUACGGGUGUGGGGAACGGUGAUCCUGAGACAGAAACUACCCCGGUCAAGACAAGUGACGCCAGCCAUACUUCGGAGAGUGGGUCGGAAAUGCGUGCGCUGGAUGAUAGUAUUGUUUUCCAGGAUUUAGCUGUCAUUUGGGUUAUGUGGGUGGUUUUUGCGUACAUUUUCGUGUGA